AUGGGCUCGAAGCAGGCGUUGUACCAGAAGGCCAUCGCCCAGAUCAACGUCAAACCCGAGGAGGAGAUCGACUUUACGCAGCACCAGCUCGAGAAUGGGUAUACCAUUUCCACACAGGAGCGUGUGGUGAAAGAGGUGCAAGCGCCGGCAAUGGUCCCGCCGAGUGACGACCAGUUCUUCUCGCGCGAGGACCCGACCAAGCCGGACGUCGCGUUCUUGAAGAACCAUUUCUACCGCGAGGGAAGGCUCAGGGAGGACCAGGCUUUGUAUAUUAUCGAAAAGGCGACCGAGAUCUUGCGUGCGGAGCCCAACUUGCUGUCCGUUGACGCGCCUGUCACCGUUUGCGGUGACAUUCACGGACAAUAUUACGACCUCAUGAAACUGUUCGAGAUCGGUGGUAACCCCGCCACGACCCGUUAUCUCUUCCUCGGCGACUACGUCGACAGAGGAUACUUCUCCAUCGAGUGUGUCCUAUAUCUCUGGUCGCUCAAAAUCUGGUAUCCCAACACGAUCUUCCUCUUGCGCGGCAAUCACGAGUGUCGCCACUUGACGGAUUACUUCACCUUCAAACUCGAGUGCAAACGCAAAUACUCCGAGCGGAUCUACGAUGCCUGCAUGGAAUCCUUCUGCGCCCUCCCCCUCGCAGCAGUAAUGAACAAACAGUUCUUCUGCAUCCACGGCGGCCUCUCGCCCGAACUCAACACCCUGGACGAUAUCCGCUCCCUCGACCGUUUCCGCGAGCCGCCCACUUCGGGUCUCAUGUGCGACAUCCUCUGGUCGGACCCGAUCGAGGAGUUCGGCUCUGAAAAGACGCAAGAGAACUUCGUGCACAACCACGUCCGCGGGUGCUCGUACUUUUUCACGUACCAGGCCGCGUGCCAAUUCUUGGAGCGGAAUCGGCUGUUGAGUAUCAUCCGGGCGCACGAGGCGCAGGAUGCGGGGUACAGGAUGUACCGCAAGACGCGGACCACGGGCUUCCCGUCCGUCAUGACGCUCUUCUCCGCGCCGAACUACCUCGACGUGUACAACAACAAAGCCGCGAUCCUCAAAUACGAGUCGAACGUGCUCAACAUCCGGCAGUUCAACUGCACGCCGCACCCGUACUGGCUGCCGAACUUCAUGGACGCUUUCACGUGGUCCUUGCCGUUCGUGGGCGAGAAGAUCACGGAUAUGCUGGUGGCGGUGUUGAAUACGUGUACGAAGGAGGAGUUGGAGGAGAGCAGCGACGAGGAUGAGGAGGUCAAGCUUGAUGAGGCGACGAAGGAGGAGCCGAGCGAGGAGACGCUCGAGAGGAGGAAGGUUAUUCGGAACAAGAUUUUGGCCGUGGGACGGAUGUCCAGGGUGUUCUCUUUACUUCGCGAGGAAUCCGAACGCGUCUCCGAACUCAAGAACGUAUCCGGCUCCGCAAAGCUCCCCUACGGUACCCUCGCCUCCGGAGCAGAAGGCAUCAAAGACGCUAUCUCCGGUUUCGGCGACGCCCGGCGCGCAGAUAUCGAGAACGAGCGCUUGCCGCCAGAGCUCGUCGACGCAGAGUCUGAAGAAGGAAGAGCGUACAUGUCGCAGCCGCAGACGCCGUCUGAAGCAGAGAUCUCGCCUGCAGCUGGUUUGGGCGAAGCACCCAGCCCGCGCGCAUUGGAAGAGGCAUUGUCCGUAUCUACCAGCUCGCUCCCCAGCUCAGGCGGACCGGCCACGCCUACCAGCCCAUCGUCGCCUUCAAUCAGUCCGUUCAGGCGUGGUCACGGCCGCCAGCAAUCGCUCGGCACAACUAUGACUUCCCCAUCUACGCGUCGCAGGAGCAUCGAGAGCACAAUGAGCCUACUGAAAGAAGCGAGCGAAGGACGGGAGAGAGAUGCAGAGUUCGAGGCGCUUGCUGAUCAGCUUGCGGGAGCCAGUGCUGGGGGGAAGAAGAGGGAUAGUGCGCCUGUGCAGAGCCGAUAG